AUGUUAUACUACCUCUUCACGCUCUUCUUCGCUCUCGGUGUUGCGGCAGCCCCUGCCAAUUUCGUCCUAGAGCAGAGGCAACCUGCCGAUGGCAUCCAAUGCGGAGACACAAUUCACAGCCAGAGGAAUCUCGACCGAGCCUUUUCAUUUGGCUGUUGCCUCGACGCGAGGGGCCUCCAACUGGGAGCUAAUAAAUACCCUCACAACUUUGCGAAUCAUGAGAAUCUCGACUUUCUGGAGGAUGAUCAACCAGUUGAAGGCCCAUACAGGGAGUUUCCCGUCCUCAGAAGCGGUCAGCUUUACACAGGUGGUGCCCCUGGCCCAGACCGCGUCGUGUUCAAACAGACCAAUGGCGGCUGCCAGUACAUCGGUGCCAUGACCCACACCGGCGCGGUACCCCGUAAUGCAUUUGUUUUGUGUGUCCCGCCUCCACCUUUAUUUGGGGCCUGAUUCCAGCGUCAGGGCAACGUGGCCUGUGGUGGUUUAGCUGGUAUGUUGGUCUUGCGAGGAUGACUGUAUCUAUACCUACCUGUAACUUAGGCUCAGCUGCUCCCUCGGUUUUCGCUUCCCUCCAACAUCAUGGUUACCGUGACGUAUACACUGAUUCCGUGUCAAGCAGCACCAUGUUGAAACUGUUAAGAUUCCGGGUGAAGCUAGACGAGAAGCCUAAGGCGUUAGGUAUGUAUGUCAGUAACUUAAAGAUCAUU